AACACCAAGUUCCGCUGCAUUGGACCGCUGCUGGCUCCUGGGGAGUGUUCUACCCAGCGACACCUCCCCUGCUCAGCGUCCCGAGCCUCACAAGCCCCGUCCCGCUCUUCGCCAUCGCAGUACCCGGUUCAGGCUCACCGCCUCAGCGCUCCACCACCGGCAUUUCUUCCAAGAUGAUACCUGCUGCAGCCAUGUCCUUUUCGGCAGCGAUGUUCGGGACGUUGAUGCUGCAGAUAGUUUCUUCCCAGAGCGCGGGCUUUAUGAAAUCACCCUUGUCCAAGACUAAACUCACAAGCGACACCUUUGAGCUGUACUGUGAUGUAGUAGGUAACCCCACCCCAGAAAUCCAGUGGUGGUACUCGGAGCUCCACCGAGCGGACUCUUUCAGGCAGCUGUGGGAUGGCGCCCGGAGGCGGCGGGUGUCAAUCAGCACGGCGUAUGGUGUGAACUCUGUAAGUGUGUUGGGAGUGUCGCGUCUCAUGCUGGACGACUCCGGGACGUACGAGUGCAGAGCCAGCAACGACCCGAGACGGAACGACAUCCACCAGAACCCAGCCACCACCUGGAUCCGAGCUCAGGCCACUGUGACGGUGCUGCAGAAACCAUCCAUUGCUGCCUCUGAGCAGACCAUCAUCACUGGGGACCUGGACAGUCUCGUGCUGCAGUGCAACCUGACCAGUGCCUACAGUGACUUUGAAGACAGCUUCUGGAUGAAGAACGGGGAGAUGAUCUCCGGGACACGCAGCUCUAACAAAAACAUCGAGUACAGGCUGAACAGACCAAGAGGAGACGACGCAGGCGUGUACGCAUGUGUCUUCAACUUCAUCAAUGCUCUUUCUGCCAAUGCCACCAUUGAAGUUAAAUCUCCUCCUAUGGUGACUGGCCACAAGCGUAGUGAGAAUAAGAACGAGGGGGAUGAUGCUUUGCUCUACUGUAAGUCUGUGGGCUUUCCGCUCCCUGUUUGGACCUGGCACAGAAUUGAAAAUGAUGUUAUGAAGGAUAUAGACAACUCGUCCGGGCGCUUCGUCAUCAGCAGCAGGGAGAACUACACCGAGCUCCACAUCGCCAACCUGGACAUGAACCUGGACCCGGGCGUGUACGCGUGCAACGCCACCAAUCUUCUCGGCAGCCACAGCGAGAAGUCCACACUGAGGGUCCGCAGCCACUUUGCCCCCCUGUGGCCUCUUCUGGGAGUUUUGAUUGAGAUCAUCAUCCUGGUCAUCAUCAUUGUUGUUUACGAGAAGCGCAAGAAGCCAGAGGAUUUACAGGACGAUGAUGACUUAGCUGGACCAGUGUAA